CGUUUUCGUAUAGAUGGCGCUAAGGCGGAAUUUAAAAAAUUUUGUAAUUAAUUAAUUUUUAAAUAAACGAUCUUUAAUUAAAUAAUUUUUAACAUAUACAAAGCUCAAAUCAAUUUUGUUCAGAUUAAGAAAAAAUCAUCAGAUAGAAUUAUUAGUUAACAAACGAUACCUCGGUGUAAGAUGAUAGCUUGUAUUACGCUGAGCUAAACAUUGUGUCAAAUAACUAUUUUGUGUCAUAUAUUUUUCAUUAGCUAAUGAAAUAUAUUGAAAUGUUGAUACUGGAAACAUACCAGUUAACUCAUCCCGAAUCGCUGUCAGAUGCUGAACUUAGAGAAAUUUUAGAAAAUAGGUGCAUAGAUUUUAAUCAUUAUAAAAACUUUACAAGAUGUGAGUUAAUAGAACUGUAUAAACGAGUGGCAAUGCCAUUACCUCAAAGGCAAUCUGAAAAUAGUCAAAACUCAAAUGGAAAGAAAGAUAACGAGGAAUCAAAUUCAGUUAAUGAGUCUCACCAAAAUUCUGUCCCUUUGAAUGAUACAAGUAGUACAAAACCAAAUGUAAAUGAGGUAACAAAAGCACCUCAGUUUUCUAAUAUGAAGUCAGCAACAUCUUCUGGAAAUGAGUUUAAAUGUACAACUAGAAAAGUACACUUGUGUAAUUCAAUUAAUAUAACAAAAUGCAAUGGUGUUGAUAAACGUAAUAGCGAUGAAAAAUUUGAUGUAGGUAUAUCAACUAGUUGUAUACAAGAUGGUCCAUUUAGUAUGAGUACUUUUGGUACUUUCAUUUAAGUGGUAGGAACCAAAGUAAAUGUACCAUUUUGUAUAAUAUUAAAAUUUAGGUAACUGGUAUUGGAAUAAACGUGUAACGAAUCUGUUUUAAUACUAAUUAAUUAAGGAACUUUUAUAUGUUAUAGGGAGCUCCAUCUAGGAAAAGGCAGAAAAUUACAUGGCCUUAAUAAUAUUACCAUAUUAAAUACGUAUGGUAUAAAAAAAAUCUUUUUUUUUUAAACUAGAAUUAUUUUUAACAUUAAGUUUCUUCAUAAGUAAUGCUAUCCAUAUAAGUGAUUUUAAAGUAUUAAUCUCUGAAUCAUGUAAUAUAUGCAUCAACAAUAUGACUACUACAAUAGAAAUAGCCAUGCCUAGUAUCUGGAAUUUUUUCCUCAUCUUUUAAUUAUUUAAUUGAAUGAAAUUUAUAGCACUGAUUAAUAAUGGUAUCCAUUGCAGUUGAUAUGUUAUUGGCUAGAUCUCUUGUGGGCUAUAUGUAUGUAUUCCAAAUUAGAUUUUAAGCAUUUUGGAAUUCAUACAUAUACAUGAAAUCGGAUAUAAUUCUAGUUAUUUACUAAAUUUUUUUUUAUUAUAAGCGUUGUUAUUUUGUUAUUAUAAUACUAUUGU